UUCCGGGGGGAGAUGGAGCCACGUCGGGGCCGCGCCUCGGGGGCCCCGUCGAGCUCCUCCAGCUAGAGCGGCCGGGACACUCGGACUGCUCCUGCGGGGCUGAGCAUCCAGGAGACCACGGGGCGGGUCUCUCGCCUUCCGCCUCCCCACCUCCCCGGAGCAGCCGGUCCUGCUUCCGACCCUUGCGCCCGGGGCGCGCACGUCGGGGUUAAACAUGACUCAGAUGAGCUGGUGCUUCUCCUGCGUGAUUCGAUGGAGCAAGUACCUCUUCUCCUGCUUCCUGCCCCUGCGCUUCUGCCUCCGCAGACAGCCAGAGGACCUGGAGGCCCCCAAGACUCACCACUUCAAGGUGAAGACCUUCAAGAAGGUGAAGCCCUGUGGGAUCUGCCGACAAGUCAUCACCCGGGAGGGUUGCACCUGCAAAGUCUGCAGCUUCUCCUGUCAUCGGAAAUGCCAGGCCAAGGUGGCUGCUCCCUGCAUUCCUCCAUCCAGCCAUGAACUGGUGCCCGUCAACACUGAAACUGCUCCAAAGAAUGUAGUGGACACGGGAGAAGGAGCCUUCCGGGGUGGAAACACACGGAAAAGCCUUGAGGAAGAUAGCUCCACCAGAGUCACGCCAAGUGUCCAGCCCCACCCCCAGCCCAUCAGAAACAUGAGUGUGAGCCGGGCCGCGGAGGACAGCUGUGAGCUGGACCUGGUGUAUGUCACUGAGAGGAUCAUCGCCGUCUCCUUCCCCAGCACAGCCAAUGAGGAGAACUUCCGGAGCAACCUCCGUGAGGUGGCCCAGAUGCUCAAGUCCAAACAUGGAGGCAACUACCUGCUUUUCAACCUCUCUGAGCGGAGACCUGACAUCACGAAGCUCCACGCCAAGGUACUGGAAUUUGGCUGGCCCGACCUCCACACCCCAGCCCUGGAGAAGAUCUGCAGUGUCUGCAAGGCCAUGGACACUUGGCUCAACGCAGAUCCCCACAAUGUUGUCGUUUUACACAACAAGGGAAACCGAGGCAGGAUAGGUGUUGUGAUCGCGGCUUACAUGCACUACAGCAACAUUUCUGCCAGUGCCGACCAGGCCCUGGACCGCUUUGCAAUGAAGCGGUUCUACGAGGAUAAGAUUGUACCCAUUGGCCAGCCAUCCCAGAGGAGGUACGUGCAUUAUUUCAGCGGCCUGCUCUCUGGCUCCAUCAAAAUGAACAACAAGCCCUUGUUUCUGCACCACGUGAUCAUGCACGGCAUCCCCAACUUUGAGUCUAAAGGAGGGUGUCGGCCAUUUCUCCGGAUCUACCAGGCCAUGCAACCUGUUUACACUUCUGGUAUCUACAACGUCCAGGGAGACAGCCAGACCAGCAUCUGCAUCACCAUCGAGCCCGGGCUGCUCUUGAAGGGAGACAUCUUGCUGAAGUGCUACCACAAGAAGUUCCGGAGCCCAGCCCGAGACGUCAUCUUCCGCGUGCAGUUCCAUACCUGCGCCAUCCAUGACCUGGGGGUUGUCUUUGGGAAGGAGGACCUCGACGAUGCCUUCAAAGAUGAUCGAUUUCCAGAAUAUGGCAAAGUUGAAUUUGUGUUUUCUUAUGGACCAGAGAAAAUUCAAGGCAUGGAACACCUGGAGAACGGGCCAAGCGUGUCUGUGGACUAUAACACCUCCGACCCCCUCAUCCGCUGGGAUUCCUAUGACAACUUCAACGGGCAUCAAGAUGAUGGCAUGGAGGAGGUUGUGGGCCACACGCAGGGACCCCUGGAUGGGAGCCUGUACGCCAAGGUGAAGAAGAAGGACUCCCUGCACGGCAGCACCGGGGCCGUCAACGCCACGCAGCCCACUCUGUCGGCUACCCCCAACCACGUGGAGCACACCCUCUCCGUGAGCAGCGACUCGGGCAACUCCACAGCCUCCACCAAGACAGACAAGACCGAUGAGCCUGCCCCCGGCCCCUCCAGUGCCCCUGCUUCCCUGAGUCCCAAGGAGAAGCGUGAGCUGGACCGCCUGCUCAGUGGCUUUGGCUUGGAGCGAGAGAAGCAAGGCACCAUGUACCACACACAGCAUCUCCGGUCCCGCCUGGCGGGGGGCCCUGCUGCGCCCUCCUCUGGCCGCCAUGUCGUCCCGGCCCAGGUUCACGUCAAUGGCAGGGCCUUGGCAUCUGAGCGGGAGACAGACAUCCUGGAUGAUGAGCUGCCCAACCAGGAUGGGCACAGUGUGGGCAGCAUGGGCACACUGUCCUCCCUGGAUGGGGUCACUAACACCAGUGAGGGGGGCUACCCAGAGGCCCUGUCUCCACUGACCAACGGUCUGGACAAGCCCUACCCUGUGGAACCUAUAGUCAAUGGCGGGGGAUACCCCUAUGAGUCUGCCAGACGGGCAGUGCCUGCCCAAGCUGGCCACCCUGCCCCCAUGCGACCCUCCUACUCUGCACAGGAGAGUUUAGCUGGCUACCAGCAGGAGGGGCCCCACCCAGCCUGGCCACAGUCAAUGACCACCUCCCACUAUGGCCAUGACCCCAGUGGUAUGUUCCGCUCUCAGUCCUUUCCGGAAACCAAGCCCCAGCUGCCCCCAGCUCCAGCCCGGGGCGGGAGCAGCCGGGAGGCUGUGCAGAGGGGCCUGAAUUCCUGGCAGCCUCACCCACCUCCUCGCCAGCAGGAAAGAGCCCACUUGGAGAGCUUCGGGCUCAGCAGGCCCAGUCCCCAGCCAUUGGCAGAGCCCCCCAUGCCUGGCCUUCCCGAGUUCCCGCGGGCGGCCUCCCAGCAGGAGAUCGAGCAGUCCAUCGAAGCCCUCAAUAUGCUGAUGCUGGAUCUGGAGCCAGCCACGGCAGCCGCCCCACUGCACAAGUCCCAGAGUGUCCCUGGGGCCUGGCCCGGCGCUUCCCCGCUCUCCUCCCAGCCCCUCUCUGGCUCUUCCUCCCAGUCCCAUCCACUGACCCAGUCCAGAUCUGGCUACAUCCCCAGUGGGCAUUCCUUGGGCACCCCUGAGCCUGCUCCCCGGGCCUCCCUGGAGUCUGUCCCUCCUGGCAGGCCUUACUCACCUUAUGAUUAUCAGCCGUGUCUAACGGGGCCCAACCAGAGUUACCGUACAAAGAGCCCAGCUGCCUCCUCCUCGUCUGCCUUCCUUCCAAACACCCAGAGCUCUCCGGGGCCUCAGCUGCCCCCAGUCUCUCUCCCUGGCCUCACCACUCAGCCUCAGCUUCCACCGAAGGAGGUGACUUCAGACCCAUCCCGAACCCCAGAGGAGGAGCCAUUGAACCUGGAGGGGCUUGUGGCCCACCGGGUAGCAGGGGUGCAAGCUCGGGAGAAGCAGCCUGCAGAGCCCCCAGCACCUCUCCGGAGGCGGGCGGCCAGCGAUGGGCAGUACGAGAACCAGUCACCAGAACCUGCAUCCCCCCGUAGUCCUGGGGUUCGCUCCCCUGUCCAGUGCGUCUCCCCAGAGCUGGCUCUCACCAUCGCUCUCAAUCCUGGAGGGCGGCCCAAAGAGCCCCAUCUGCACAGCUACAAGGAGGCCUUUGAGGAGAUGGAGAGAACCUCCCCGACCAGCCCACCGUCCAGUGGGGUGCGCUCCCCUCCAGGUCUGGCCAAGACACCUCUGUCUGCUCUGGGCCUGAAGCCCCACAACCCAGCCAGCAUCCUGCUGCACCCCACCGGCGGUCUUGGCAGGAAACAGCUGGCUCAUUCCAAUGGGGCAACCGAGGAGACAAUGGACUAUUUAGAAGGUCUGGGCAAACCGACGAGGGAUGGUGAAGCACCCCGCCACCGGGUGGCCCUCCUAGCAGGAGAGCCCCGGAGCUAUGUGGAGUCGGUGGUGCGGACGGCAGUGGCUGGGCCCCGGACUCAGGAUCCUGAGCCCAAGAGCUUUAGCGCCCCGGUUGCCCAGGCCUAUGGCCGCGAGACACCCCUGAGGAACGGGACCCUGGGAGGCUCCUUUGUCUCCCCCAGCCCCCUUUCCACCAGCAGCCCCAUCCUCAGCGCUGACAGCACUUCAGUGGGGAGUUUCCCAUCAGGGGAGAGCAGCGACCAGGGCCCGCGGACACCCACCCAGCCUCUGCUGGAUUCUGGCUUCCGCUCCGGCAGCCUGGGCCAGCCCAGCCCUUCGGCUCAGAGAAGCUACCAGAGCUCUUCUCCUCUCCCGACUGCGGGCAGCAUCUACAGCAGCCCCGACUACUCACUUCAGCCGUUCAGCUCCCUGGAAAGCCAGACCCGGUCUCAGUUCAGUGUGGCGGGUGUCCACGUGGCGCCUGGGAGCCCUCAGGCUCGGCACAGGACAGUGGGCACCAACACUCCCUCCAGUCCUGGCUUUGUCCGCCGGGCCGUGAAUCCCGCCAUGGCUGCCCCCAGCAGCCCCAGUUUGAGCCACCGCCAGGUGAUGGGUCCGCCCGGAACUGGUUUCCAUGGUAAAACGGUCUCCAGCCCCCAGAGCAGUGCAGCAACCACUCCGGGAAGCCCCAGCCUGGGUCGGCACCCUGGGGCCCACCAGGUUUCAAGCCUCCAUGGCAAUGUGGCCACCACUCCAGGGAGCCCCAGCCUGGGCCGGCACCCUGGGGCCCACCAAGGCAACCUGGCCUCCAGUCUCCAUGGCAACGCAGUAGCCAGCCCCGGAAGCCCCAGCCUGGGCCGUCACUUGGGAGGGUCUGGAUCUGUGGUUUCCGGCAGCCCCAGCUUGGACCAGCAGGUGGCCUAUGGUGGCUACUCCACCCCUGAGGACCGGAGACCCACGUUGUCCCGACAGAGCAGCGCCUCGGGCUACCAGGCCCCUUCCACGCCCUCCUUUCCUGUGUCCCCUGCCUACUACCCCGGCCUGAGCAACCCCGCCACCUCCCCCUCGCCAGAUUCAGCAGCCUUCCGGCAAGGGAGCCCGACACCGGCCUUGCCAGAGAAGCGGAGGAUGUCCAUGGGAGACCGAGCGGGCAGCCUCCCCAACUAUGCCACCGUCAACGGGAAGGUGUCCUCCUCGCCUGUCACCAGCGGCAUGUCCAGUCCCAGCGGGGGCAGCGCCGUCUCCUUCUCCCACACUCUGCCCGACUUCUCCAAGUACUCCAUGCCAGACAACAGCCCUGAGACGCGGGCGAAAGUGAAAUUUGUCCAGGACACUUCCAAGUAUUGGUACAAGCCCGAGAUCUCCAGAGAGCAGGCCAUAGCCCUCCUUAAGGAUCAGGAGCCAGGGGCUUUCAUCAUCCGAGACAGCCACUCCUUCCGAGGAGCCUAUGGGCUGGCCAUGAAGGUGUCUUCGCCCCCUCCGACCAUCAUGCAGCAGAAUAAAAAAGGGGACAUGACCCACGAGCUCGUGAGGCAUUUCCUGAUAGAGACGAGCCCCAGAGGAGUCAAGCUCAAGGGCUGCCCCAACGAGCCAAACUUCGGAUCUCUGUCUGCCCUGGUCUACCAGCACUCCAUCAUCCCGCUGGCUCUGCCCUGUAAGCUGGUCAUUCCAAACCGAGACCCCACAGAUGAAUCAAAAGAUAGCUCGGGCCCUGCCAACUCAACCACUGACCUGCUGAAGCAAGGGGCAGCCUGCAACGUGCUUUUCGUAAACUCUGUGGACAUGGAGUCACUCACUGGGCCACAGGCCAUCUCCAAAGCCACUUCUGAGACACUGGCUACUGACCCCACGCCGGCUGCCACCAUCGUCCACUUCAAAGUUUCUGCCCAGGGAAUCACACUGACUGACAACCAGAGAAAGCUCUUCUUCAGACGCCACUACCCCCUCAACACCAUCACCUUCUGUGACCUGGAUCCACAGGAGAGGAAGUGGACGAAGACGGAGGGAGGUUCCCCUGCUAAGCUCUUCGGCUUUGUGGCCCGGAAACAGGGCAGCACCACGGACAACGCCUGCCACCUCUUUGCUGAGCUUGACCCCAACCAGCCGGCCUCCGCCAUCGUCAACUUUGUCUCCAAGGUCAUGCUGAGUGCUGGCCAGAAGAGAUGAACUCCCCCCCCCCCUUGCCCAGGGCCGGGGCAGUGGGGAUGGGUAUGUGGGGAAGGGACCUGUGCAUCCUGACCAUCCUUGAAUCCAGAAGGAGGACUUUGGGCCAAUUUUGGAGAAGGAGAGAAGAAAGUGUCAUGUGGGGAGAGGGAAGUGAAUUGAGCGGGGAGGGGGAGAGAGAGAGAAAGAAGGAAAAAGAUGGAGGAGAAUAACUCGGAUUCCCCUGGGGAGAUGGAUACUGCAAAACCCCCAGAGCCUCCAAAACUAACCAGGUCCACCUAACUCCCCCUCCACCCUCUGAGAGGAUGGAACUCCUCAAGAGAGGCAGAAUGAACCUCUCUGGAGAUCCACAUUUUGGGGGGAAAUGGAAAAGCUCUUCCUUCCUAACCCAACUGUUUUGCAAGGAGAAAUCCUGUCAAGAGAAUCUUUUUCUGUCCACCUCUAGGGUAGAUCACCAAACCAAAAAGAGCCACCAUGGGACAUCCAGUGGUGGAACUUUUGCUUUUGAAAGUAUCUCAGACCUGAGGCCCCUAAGGUCUCUUUGCUCUGCCUCUGAUGUACAGUUUGUGGGUGUCUUUAUGGGGUGUAUAUAUGGCCACACCCACAUCCUCACACACUGAUUUCUGUUUGCCUCUCAGCUUGAAGUAGAAACAGGUAUACUUGUCCGUGUCCCCUGUGUUUGCACACACAAGUGCAUACUGUCCAAAGAAAGUUAGAGUCGGGGGUGACAGGGCAGCAGGGAGGGGGCAUAAGCCCCCUUCCCCAGGAACACCCAGGAUUGUGGGUAAUGGACGCUCUCUUGGUCCCUGCACCUGCUCUAACAGCCUUGGGUGCCGCCAACCCCUUCUCCUCAACGGAGACCCCCACGGAGUGGGUCUGGCCACGCUGCAACGUUACCCCUGAUCUGCCUCCACCAGGAAGCUGGAGCAAUGGUUUAGGAGAUGGGGACUUGUGUGUCCGGAGCUCUGGGGAAGAGAUUGCUCAGGAAGGGAGGCUGCUGAGCUCUAGGCACCUUCCCCGAGGCGUGUGGCCCAGCCUCGGGGUGGGCAGGUGGCUCCCGCCAGCUCCCAGCCCUCAGCCCCUUCUUGGGUUUCGUGCCCCAGACCAGCCUUUCUCAGACUUGCUUAUGUGCAUGUUGCCUUUUCGGGUGCUGGUGAUUGAGCCUUCCCGCUCUGCCCUGCCCUGUUCUGUCCUGCAGGGUCCCCAUGUGGGGGGCUUAUCCUGGGAACCUGCUUCUAUAAGCCCUGCUCGGCGAGGCCCAGGAGAGACCCCUGCAGUUCCUGUGCUCCCUCUGCAAGGGAUCGGGGGUCUGACUUUUGCUGGACCGCCCAGGGGAGCUGGUCAGUUCUGGGGGAGGCUGCCUGCACACCACAUCGCCUGCCUGCGAUACCAAAGCCUUGCCCUUCCCCCUUCUGCCUUGGUUUCCCCCCAGAGCCCAGCUGCCGUGGAGCAGAGGGCAGAAGGCGCAUAUUUAGGCCGAAGGGCUGAGAGUCCAGCUGGGUGAUUGGGCGCUCCCUGACCACCACCCAAGUGCUCUAAGCCAGACGGGAAAUCCACCAGGACUCCAUCCUUGAGUAGCUUCUUAAGCCUCUGGGUUUCCUAGAGAGAGGCAUUGUACUGAUAUAUAAAUAUAUAUAAUAUAUAUGUGAGACAUACUGACAGAAUCUGUAAGCUAAUGAAAUAUAAGAAAAGGUUAAAAAAAAAAGAAUAGGUAAAUUGACAAGAAGUAUUUAUUAUUUUCCCGUCUAGCUUUAUUGCCUCCUUGGCAUAAUCCAGUCCCCAUCCCUCUCUGUACCUAUAAGUGAAGCCUGAAAGGUAGGGGCCUUUAUCCUUGGAGCAAUCAGGGGUCUCCUUGCCCUGGCCUUGGCCUUCCCUAGACUCUGACUGGGGCUCAGCGGGGAGGGGGUGCACGUGUUCCAUCCCCUUCACCCCCCUUAUUUUUGGCAAGCUGGGCCCGGCUGUCAGCUCCCAGAGAUGAGGGCUUAGCAGCCCGCCUCCCUGCAGGCCCGAGCGGGUGUGUGAGCCUGCAGGGGACACGGGUGUGUGUGGUGGGCGUGGGUGACGUGUGCGUCUUGUAGUUUUUUUCUCUUCCAAGAAGUCGUAUCUGUGUGGAUGUUCUGUUUCAGGGAGUUGGAAAGGAGAGCGUCUGAAGAUGGUGGGGAGUAGCCCCCUGCUUCCCAAAGAUUGAAACCUUGUUCUUGGUGACCAAGACUCCCCCAAAGGGCUCUUCCUUCUGAGGCUUUCAAGCCAGACACCGCGGUUUCCCCUCUCUCAUUCCCUACCUAAGCCCAACUCUCUUCCCAGACAGAAGAGGAUAUUCCCACCCACUUCCUUUGUAAAUAUCUUGAUCUCCCACUGGACAGCCCGGGAACUCUCUCCUCCUGGUCUGGAUGGCCGGGAGGAGCAUCAGACCCUUCAUGUGAGUCUGGGGUCAGCCUUCACACGUGCUUUCCCACAGCCCACCAGCAGCCCACCCCACUCAGGCCUGAGCCAUGUGUGACUCUGGGAAGGGCUCGAGAUGCUGGGGAGCUGAUCGACUCCCCCGACCCAACAUCCUCCUGGAAAGAGUCAGUUUCCGAGAGUGUGGCCUGUCCCGAAGAACGAUGGGGAAGGGUACCCCAAUCUCCACCAUGGUCUCACCUUUGGGUCAGACACUGCUUGGGAUAACCCUCCCGUGUCUCACAGGUUAGGCCCGUGCACCUUGCACACGUGCGCACAUACACACACACAACCACAGCACUGCAGUAUGUUCUUGCCAAAGAUUUCCUUUAAAAGAAAGCACUUUUAAUAAUUAUUGUUAUUAUUGUGUGAAUGUUUAUCCUUUUCUCUCCCCAUCCCUCUCCCCAACCUUUUUUGCUGUUGUUAUUUUGCUGUUGUUUAUUGUCAGCCAGGAGAGUGCCGUCUGGUCUUGAAAGUGGGCUGGGGAGUUGGGGAUGGGAAAGGGUCUGGGAGGAGUUGGCGAGAAAGAGCUGGAGGCUGGAGAGGCCUGGUCAGCUUGUGAUGCAGGGAUGCAGACCCCAGGCAAGCUCAGGCCCCAGCCCCAGGCCCAGCCUGUGUCUUGCUGUGCAUCCAGGCCUCUGAGGCAGCCGAGGCCUUACCGUAGCUGCCCUGUAUGGUGUCUGGAGGAAACAGGGGGCAGGGAAGUGACAGCCCUCCAAUUCAGCAGGGAGAGAGGCCCAGCAAGGUCCCCGUGGCCCUUCCCAGAUGGAGCGAGAGGGGAGGACUGGGCAUUGGAAUAGUGGAGAGGUGAGCCCAGAGGGGAAAUGGGGAGGAAGGGAACAGUUUGAUGGAGCUCCAGGGCUGAGCGGAUGCCUCUGCCCUGCGAUCGUGGUGUUCUGGCUCCCUCCUCCAGCCAGGUGUUCCAGGGACAGAGACAUUGUGUCCUAGGUUUGGGAAAGGCCCUUUGACCCAGGUCCUCAUUGGAGCCUCUCCCGCAGCAGCUCCAAAUGCUCGUGGACUGCCAGGAUUCGUUCUUCCCUGGCAGAGUUUUGAGGGAUCCCUGGGUGUGUCAGAGACAGGCAGGAUAGGGGUGGGGGGACCUGGUGGCUCUGUGACCAUAAGAGGGAGCCCAAGGGGCACGUGUGAUUCUCUGUAAAGGGGGUCCCGAGGGAGAUGAGUCGAACAUCCUUCUGCCCACUCGGAUGGGCCGAGCAGAGGUUGGGCAGACCCCUGGUGCCACCCAGGGGUCUGUGGACGAGUCUGUACGUGGAACAGUGUCCGUGGCCCCCUUCCCUGGGAUGUUCGUUCAUCACCCCCGCCUCCUGGGUCUUCUCCCCUGCUUUGGUCUUUCCCAGCUUCAGGAUCUGGAUCUGGGCGGGGGGCGGGGGGGAUCAAGGAGGCCGAUGCCCUUUCCGAGGGCUGCCUCCUGCUCCUACAUCUCUCCACCCUUGGGAUCCUUGGAGAGGCUGGGGGCAGAGUCCCGGGGCUACUUUUCACCCGGGUCGAGGCCCCGGAAUCCCGAGACUGGAGUGCCCUGGCCAGUGGUAACACAGAACGUGUGCGCGCGCGUGUGCAAGUGUGGGUGUAUGUGUGUGCGUUUUUUGCUUGUCUCUUUAGGGAACUUAGGAGUCGGGUUGGAGGUGGUUGGCAAUGGGAUGUCAAGUUCACUAUCACCCAGCGGCGGAAGGAAUCAGGAGGCAGGGCUCGUAGGGCCCCUGAUUGGGGGAAUCUCAGUGUCGGUGACGGUGGGAUCAACCACACAGGGUGGCGCUCCUCUGUCCUCAGAUGUUGAAGUGUUGGAGGACCUCUGUUUAUUUCCCACGCUUGGACUUUUCCCAGCUGCGAGGUAAUUGGAGAGGGAUAGCCCACUUUUGUUUCUAAUCAGUGUUCCACAGCUUGAGACUCUCCUGCGUGUCCACAUGUGUGGCUCAUGUGUGUGACAGAGCACAUCUGUGCGUGCAUGCUGUGUUUCCCCACCUCUCCCCUCUCUGACAUGUCAUUCAAAACAAAUGUAAGAAAUUCCUCACUCCAUCCCCUCCUGCCUCCCAGACCCUCUGCAGGAAAAACCGAAUAACCCAGCAUCCUCCUGAUGCCCUGGCUGUGUAUUUAUAUAGAUGGAAAUAUACUUUCUAUUUUGUAUCAUCGUGCCUAUAAUCUCUGUCACCUUGUAUAAACCCUGAUGUAUGCUACUUACCCUGGAUAUGAAUGUAUUGUACACUGAUGCUGUCCCACUCCUGUACAGCUGCUUUGUUUCUUUGCAAUCCAUGGUAUGGCUUUAUAAA